UGCCUAUUUCCUUCGAGUCUGAAGAAGGGUUUCGGCACGAAACGUUGCCUAUUUCCUUUCAGUCUGAAAAGGGGUUUUGGCCCGAAACGUUGCCUAUUUCCUUCGCUCCAUAGAUGCUGCUGCACCCGCUGAGUUUCUCCAGCAUUUUUGUGUACCUACUAUGUUUUCAUAUUCUGUUUUGCUGCUGCAAGUAAGAAUGUCAUUGUUCUAUCUGGGACAUUUGACAGUAAAACACUCUUAGAUUUCCCAUUAGCUUCAGAGGCGGAGGCUUUGUUCUAUGUUUUGGACAUUGCCACAUUUUCCUACCGUUUACUAGUAUGUUGAAACUUCUGAUGUUUCUUUCAGUCGGAAUUUGAACUAAAGUGCAAUGGACAGCGAGGAGAUCCGUGUAAGGGGUAAAGAGAUGGUGGACUUCAUCGCAGAUUACCUGCAAUCUAUUGAUCAACGUCCAGUCUACCCGGCGGUGCAGCCCGGGUACUUGCAGCCUCUCAUUCCGGAGAGCGCGCCCCAGGACCCUGACAGUUAUGAGGAGCUGAUGAAGGAUAUUGAGAGAGUCAUCAUGCCGGGGAUCACCCACUGGCAAAGUCCUCAUUUCCACGCUUAUUUUCCCAGUGCUCAGUCCUUUCCAAGUCUUCUGGGGGAUAUGCUGUCUGGAGCCAUUAGCUGUGUUGGCUUUUCAUGGGCUGCAAGCCCUGCAUACACCGAGUUGGAGAUGGUGAUGCUAGACUGGCUGGGAAAGAUGCUAAAACUUCCUGAAGAGUUUAUAUUUGGGACUGGAGGGACAGGUGGUGGAGUGAUACAGGGCUCAGCCAGUGAAAGUACACUGGUGGCACUUCUUUCUGCAAGAAGGAAAAUUGUCACACAAAUUCAGACAAAAGAUCCUGCUGCUGAAGAAAGAAUGAUCAUGUCUAAACUGGUGGCCUACACAUCAGAUCAGUCUCAUUAUUUUGUUGAACGAGCAGGAUUGAUUGGUGACAUCAAAAUGAGAAAAUUAUCCACUGAUAAGAAAUUCAAUCUUCGUGGGGAGACACUAAAACAAGCCCUGGAUGAAGAUAAAGCUUUGGGUCUCAUCCCUUUCUUUCUUUGUGCAACACUUGGCACUACUGCCUCCUGUGCAUUUGACAACGUAAUGGAGCUGGGACCCCUCUGUAAUUCUGAAAAUAUCUGGAUGCAUGUUGAUGCAGCUUACGCAGGAAGUGCUUUCAUUUGUCCAGAGUUCAGACCUCUUUUAAAUGGAGUGGAGUUUUCAGAUUCUUUCAACGUUGACCCUCAUAAAUGGCUUUUGAUCAACUUUGAUUGUUCAGCUAUGUGGGUGAAGAAAAGAUCCGACAUCAUUGGAGCCUUUAAAUUGAAACCUCUUUACCUAAGACAUGAUCAUGAGGACAAUGAACUCAUUACUGAUUACAGACACUGGCAGAUUCCCAUGGGGAGUAGAUUCCGCUCACUGAAAAUGUGGUUUGUGUUCCGAUUAUAUGGGGUAAAGGGACUUCAAGAGCAUAUUCGCAGGCAUGUAGCUCUAGCACAUGAGUUUGCGAUGUUGGUACGUCAAGAUGAACAGUUUGAGAUUAUUGGUGAUGUGGUAUUUGGUCUGGUGUGCUUCAGAAUUAAGGGCUCCAAUAAUCUAAAUGAAAGACUCAUUAAAGAAAUAACCAACAUGAGGAGGAUUCACAUUGUGCCUUGCCAACUUCGAGAGAAGUUUGUGCUCCGUUUUGUUGUAUGUGCUGAAACUGUCAAAAGUAAACAUAUCCAAUAUGCCUGGCAAAAUAUAAAGGAGGCUGCCGCUAAAGUGGGUCAAAUGUCAGAAAAUAUAAGAAAAUAAAGUGCAAGAAAUAUGUCUAAUGUAAAGCAGCACAUUUUGAAUUGUAAAGUAUAUUUGUACUAUACAAAUAUAUUUUAAGUUCAUGUAAUAUCUGAUGCGUGGAGUAGAUUUUGCUGAGAAGAGAAUGCUGAAAACAAAUAACUGCAAUGUAAUAUAAUCAUUAAAUAACUUGUGAUUAUGUAAUUGGCAGUGUAAAUCUGAUUUUCAUGGAUUGAUGGUGUGUAUCGUAAUUACAAUUUUGUAAAAUAUAUUUUGAUUAAAAUGAUUGUUAAUCAUAUUUGUCACUUUUGUCAUGCCUUAC